AUGCCACAAACUUGCUUUGAUAUAGAUGAAGCAGAUACACAAUCUUCACAAAUUGUGCAGAAAUUAUCUAAUACUUCAACUAGAAUAAUUAAUCAUGAAGAGUCUAAAUUCAGUUAUGGAUAUAGGUUGGAAACUGCAGCUAAAUUAUUAUUUAUGAUUGUACAAUGGAUGAGAGACAUAAUACCGUUUCAAAAUUUAUUAGAAAAUGAUCGACGUGUGUUAUUAGAAGAAGCAUGGACUCAAUUAUUUCUAGUUCAUUUAGCUCAAUGGUCUAAGUCGUGGAAUCUUAUUGAAAUCCUAGAAGAUGAACAAGUUUGUAAAAGAUUGCAAGAUAGUGCAUUUUAUCACGAAUUAAUUACUAUAAAGAGAAUAUUACACUUAUUUAAAGAGCUUUCGCCUGAUGAAAGUGAAUGUGGUUGCAUGAAAGCCGUAGUUCUAUUUACACCAGAUUUGGCAAAUCUUCUAGCAGUAGAGACAAUUGAAAUGAUUCAUUCACAAGCAUUUUAUUCAUUUUAUGAUUAUACAAUAUCACGCCAUUCGCACGUAAAAUUUUUAGGGUUGAUUCGUCUUCUAUUUCUUCUUAACCAUGUUAAUUCAAAAGCUAUUGAACUAUUAUUUUUUUGUGACACUAUUGGACAAAUACCUAUUUCACAUUUAUUGAGCAAUAUGUAUAAUACUGACCAAAAACUGUAUUGUAAUUAA